ACCUAGUGAAGAUACUACUAAAAAUAAAUCAUUCAGUAAAAAACCAAAACAGAAUAAAGAAAAAGGUGAUAAAAAAAAUUCAAAUACUGUAAGAAAGCUCAUUGUAGAAUUAUUAUAUAACGACACAGAACAAACCACUUCAGAUACCAACAAUUCUUAUCCUCUAACAGCUACUGAAACUGACCCACAACCUAUUGAUUUUCUUAAUUUAUAUACUAAAAUUACCUCUGCUGAAAGUAAAAUCCAAAAACCAAACCAGAAUAUAAUUAUCCAGUAUUAUAACUUUGGAUUAGAUAUAGCAAAACGCUUCAAGUUCUAUUAUGAAAAAUCAUAUAAUGUAAAUGACGCUAAUAGCAAAGUUAAAAAAGAAAUUGAAAAACAACUUCCUGAUGGUACUUCUGAAACUACUAUUCGGAAAAGAAAUGAAAGAGCCCAAAAGAUUUUUUAUAUAUUUAGUAAGAUAGAAACAA